CAUUCAAGGUGCGGCAGAGGAACAGGUGCGUGAAGACUCGCAGAGACACGCUAUAAAUUGCAGAGACGCUUUAUAAGUUGUACUAUCACCGUUGUCUGCGAACCUAUUUCCAGAAAACUAAGGAAUACGCAAAUAAACAAGACUUUUCAAGCAACGACGCAAACUUCGUGAAAACCCGCUCAGAUUUUAAAGGAGUGACUGGGGGAUUUGUACCUUCACAGCAGGUGGACGUCGUCGAGUCGUUGAGGAGGAGGAAGAAGAAGUAAAAAUGGCUAACUCAGGUCUACAGAUUCUGGGAUUCGCCCUGGCCCUUAUAGGCUUAAUUGGACUGAUAAUUGGCACCAUUUUGCCGCAGUGGAAGAUGUCCGCCUAUGUCGGGGACAACAUCAUCACGGCGGUGGCCAUGUACGAAGGGCUGUGGAUGUCCUGUGCGUUUCAGAGCACAGGCCAAAUCCAGUGCAAAGUGUACGACUCCAUCCUGCAGCUCAACAGUGCCCUCCAGGCAACUCGCGCCCUUAUGAUUGUUAGCAUCAUUGUGACUGUGGCUGGCCUGGGUGUAGCCUGCAUGGGAAUGAAGUGCACCAACUGUGGAGGAGAUGACAAAACGCGCAAGUCCCGCAUUGCCAUGACUGGAGGCAUUAUCAUCCUGAUUGGAUCUUUGUGUUCCAUUGUUGCCUGCUCUUGGUAUGCUCACGACAUCAUCCAAGCCUUCUACAACCCUUUCACCCCCGUCAAUACCAAGUACGAGUUUGGUUCUGCCAUCUUCAUUGGCUGGGCUGGAGCAUUCCUGGCUGUAGUAGGAGGUGCCAUGUUGGCAGCAUCCUGCCCAAGAGGGAAAUCUACACCGAAGUAUCCCAUCUCCAGACCCCCCAGCAGCAAGGAAUACGUUUGAAUAGGACGGGACUCAGUGUUAGAGGCACUUUAACAUUCAUGCUAGUCCAACUCAGAGAUUGAAACAUUUGAAAAGCUGUAUCCGAGGAGGUGAUCAUCACCUGUUUUUAAUUUUAUUUUAUAUUUUAGAUCCUUCAGGGCUACCCUGUCAUGUUACUGUAUAUUUUAACAAAUGGAUUAAAUUUUGAAAUGAUGGCUGUUGACUUUAUAAAGACCUUAUUUGCCCUUGCCCUGUCUAGAGCUACAGUCAGUGCUUACUGAUUUGUAUACUACAUGGUAUACUGUCCACUUAGUUGACACCUGUGAAGCACUAAGUUUAAAAUUAAGGUGAAACACCCAUAAUAACAUACAACUUCGUAUGUAGAAGAUUGUUCACAUGCUGCAUGCAACAAUUUACAGCGCAUUAAAAUGCGCAGUGUGUUUGGGGAAACUGUUUGAACUGAAUCUACAUCAGAUAUGGAAAUAGACCACUUCCACCAUUUGUUACUGUGUUGGCUGACUCCAUAGAGGUUAAACAUCUGGCACCUGAGAAGCAAUUUGCUACCAUUAUUUCCAUGUAUAUGUGCCUUAUUUAUAUGAACACAGAAAAUCAUUCGGUACCAUUGUAAACUAUUUUUGUUUUUAAUCAAGUGCCAGAGUGAAAUUGUAACAGUAAAUUACAGUGAACUAAAUCCUUGCAGUCAGAUUACAAAUGUUUUUGUUGACAUUCAUACAGCAACAGAUGUUGUGAGCGAUGUAUUUGUUGACUUGUUCUGUAAUAACAGUUUGUGUGAAUGGGCUUGGCUUAUUGCUGCAGGUUGUUUUUAGUCUCAAUAGCUGUUGCUACACUCAUCAAAUUUUCAGUUUUUUUAAGGACAUUUUAAAUUGUGAUUUUGCAAAGUUUGUGUUGUACAUAAAUAAAAGUGGAAAAUGUACUUGUUUUUGGCUUGGGUAAAUGCCUUUAUUCUUAAAUAAACAUAAAUAAACUUGCAUAAAAGGG